AUGCUAAAGCGUGGCAGGGGCCGGCCCGGGAAGCGGAGGAGGCGGGUCUCCAUAGAAACCUCCACCUGUUUCCGGCCAGCCUGUGUGAAAUUAGGGGCUGUUGCGGGGGCCAAUCUCAGCCAGCUCGCUUCUUCCCGGCGGCCCCUGCGGGCGCGGUGGGUGGUGUACACAAUCAUCAUGGCGGCGGCCGGAGCCCCGGAUGGCAUGGAGGAGCCAAGCAUGGACACGGAGGCCGAGGCUGUGGCCACCGAGGCACCCGCACGGCCCCUCAACUGCGUGGAGGCCGAAGCAGUCGUAGGGACAGCGGCGGAGGACUCCUGCGACGCGCGAGGCAACCUGCAGCCGGCCCCGGCCCAGCCCCCUGGGGACCCUGCGGCCCAGGCCUCGGUCAGCAACGGUGAGGACGCGGGUGGCGGUGCGGGCAGAGAGCUGGUGGAUCUGAAGAUAAUCUGGAACAAGACCAAGCACGACGUGAAGGUUCCUCUGGACAGCACGGGUUCCGAGCUAAAGCAGAAGAUUCACUCCAUUACAGGUCUCCCACCCGCCAUGCAGAAAGUCAUGUAUAAGGGACUUGUUCCUGAAGACAAGACGUUGAGAGAAAUAAAAGUGACCAGUGGGGCCAAGAUCAUGGUGGUUGGCUCCACUAUAAAUGAUGUUUUAGCAGUAAACACCCCAAAAGAUGCUGCCCAGCAGGAUGCAAAGGCUGAAGAAAGCAAGAAGGAGCCCCUCUGCAGGCAGAAGGGCCAUGAUGGAAAUUUAUGGAGCGGUUGGGUGCAGCAGAAUGGAGUUGACAGCUACCUGAGAUAUGCAUCUUUGUCAUCUGGCGGGUCAGUGUGCCUUAGUCCUCCUGCUCUAGGAUACGACCUUUGAAAAGGGAGACUACAGUUAGCAGAGGAAGUCACACGUGGGUUUCUCUUAGUAGUGCCAGAGAAUAUGACUAGUGUUAGAAUUAAGCCCUUGUUCCUUACAACUGCUCCCAUUUUGGGGUGUGUGUGUUUGUUUACAUGUGUGUGUCUUCUCAAGUUCAGAAAGUCCAAUUUUGCAAAGUUAUGGAAGUCAACAGAUUUCAGAGGUUCCUCUAAAAUUGACCAUUUCAGGAAGUCAAACAAAGAUGAAUAAAAAGAUAUUGGUAUUUUUUUGGUUUUUGUUUAUAAUACUCCUUCUCCAGGAAGUAGUCUGGGUUUUUGUAUUCUCUCUUGCUCAUUUUUGUGUGCUUGUCUUUUGAGACAGGGUUUCACUCUCUCUCUUACUGGCCUGAAACUUGAUCUGGAGACUAGGCUGGCCUGGAAUUUUAACAAUCCUCUUGUCUCUAUCUCCCUAGGUCUGAGUUUAUGGGCAUGUGCCAUCCAUCAUGCCCGUUUAUCAGUUUGUGUUUGUGGGUGUACAGUAUAGAGGACUGAACCAUGUCUUACACAUGGUAGUAGGCAAGAACUCUACACUGAGCUACCCCAGCCUAUUAGGUUUUUUUUUUUUUUUUAUUUACUCUGUAUCCUCAACAGAGUAGAUCUGACUUUAACCAACAUUAGUUUGAGGGACAGUAGACACUAAAGGCAUGGUGCCAACACUGAGAGAAAGAUGGUCUUCUUUUAGACAUCUGUAACCUGUGUUUACUUUGUAACCAAAAAAAAAGUAUUUUUAUAAAUUUGGCAGUAAAAUUGAACAGAAUUGUGGUAACAGUUAUACUAUUAAUGUUUUUUUGAUAGAAAUACAAAUGUUAGAAAUGUUUGGUAACAAAUGGCUACCCUAGAUACCAUAGAAAAUAUUGUGUAACAUUUUAAAACUGUUAUCUUUAUAAAAUCUCCGAAACGCUGAUGUUCAAAACAACUUUCCAUAGUGUAUUUAUUUUGUGUUGUCUUUGGUGCUAGGGAUUGAACCUUGGGCCUUGUCAAUACAUAACACACGCUUUACUGCAAAGUAGCACCUCUGUAGAGUUGGUAGGUGUUGUAAAGUUGAAUUAACAUCCAAAAGUAAAUAUGUGUAUGAGCCAUUUUCAUCCUUAAAUAUGGGAUCCUAAUUUCCCGUCAUUUGUCGAAGUCGUUGGUAUUUUCUGUCUUCCCUGACACAUCUAUGAAGGAAAUGUGAGACUUUUCUUCUGUCAAAUCCUUAGUGUAUACCCUGCCUUGUAAAUACAGGUUUUAGUACUAAUGGUGGGUCAGCAGGCUUACAGCUGUUUAGUACUGUAAGGGACAGUGCUCCCAAAGGCACUUACAAGGCAUGACUCAGGCUAUACUUCCAUCCUGUGCUGCUUUGCUUUGUUGAUGCCACUGGUUACGAGGCAUAGCACAACCUAAUGAGACGCCACUCCCUCAUUAGGCUUUGAUCAGUGUGUUCUAGAACCUGAGGCUGGUGUCAGCAACAACCCUCCGCUAGCAACCCUACCCCAGAGCUGCGCUGUGCCAGUGAAGGUUUCAGUUGGCCAUCGCCUGUUGAUGCUUGGUUUAGUUGUACUCUCGGCUCAUUUAUUGGCCUAUAGUUUCAGCUUACCAUGCAGCUACUUGACCUUAAAGCUACAGACGUAAAGGAGAUGAAGGCAUUCGAGGGCUGUGAACUUGAAAUUUUGAGUUCUGGGGUAGAGAGCAACAGUGGGGCUUGGAGGCUUCUUAAUGGUAGGGUAUAGGAGUCAGCAUUUUUCUGUUUCCAAAAUGUGGUUCCUUGGGUUUUCUUUGUGGCUGGGUUGAGGGUGGGGCAGAGAAGACUUCUGUCAUAGUCUGGCUCUCCAUAAUAAUGCAGAAGUGACCCCCCCUUGGCAUUUAUACCUAUACAGGCUGGUUAUAAUUUCUUUGAAGUUGAAUACAGAUGUUGCUCUUUUUUCCUACCUAUUGACUUAACGAUUAGUUUUUUACCUGGAGAGAUGGGAGUAAAACAUUUAAAUUAGAAACCUUUAAAUCCUGCUUAGUGUGUGGAACAUAUCUAAUAUGAUGGCUGUGGAUGAUAUGGAUAGUUAAAUAGAAUUGAGAGGCCACUUCUUUGUGUUGCUAGCCACAUAUAAAAUGCCAGUAGUCAGGCCGGCACACGUGUGGAGUGUUUCAUGAUCAACACAAACUCCCCUGAACACAGUUGCUCUGCAUUGAGAAGGGAUCCGUAGUCUGUUGAUACUAAAUACUUUCAAACAGACUUUAAGACUGCUUCUUCCUGUUGAUCCAAGAGCUAGAAACCUGGCUCAAGUACAGUCAGCUAUCUUAUUUUCUCUCUGUUCUGGCUUAUAUUGUAGCAACACAGGAAAGUGUUGGACAAA